UACCACGUGCUACAUAAGCAAAAGUAAGUAAUCUUAUCGUUUGUAAGCAAGUCAAAAAUAAUCUUGUUAACUAUCCAGAAGGCCUUAAUGUGUUACGGUAAUCUUGUGCUCAGAUCUUAGUGUGCACUGAGAAGUCUUGAGAGAUCACUUGAGUGAGACAGACCUGUUUCGUCUCGUCUCGAGUGUCGCAUCAUCAUUUUUGAAAAGCGUUGCUGGCUUUGAUUGUGCCUAGCAAGCUUAGCUAAGUUUACUUCGUCAUCGAGGACCCGGAUUAUUUAUAUCAGAAGUGUACACUGAGUACAUCCAAACAAAUUUGCUAUUAUAGAAUUACAAGAGGUGUGUGCCACAACAUGUUGAAAACAUUUAAGUGUCUCCAAUGCGAUUCAACCUUUGAUCGUGCUUCACAAUUGGAUUAUCAUCAUCGGAGUUUACAUCUAGGAGAAAGAUCCCAAAUAUGCCAGAUAUGUGGAAAGGGUUUCUUUCGCAAAGCAGACCUGCGCACUCAUUUGAACAUUCAUUUAGGAACAAAUUUUUAUAUUUGUGAGAUCUGUGGGAGGAAGUUUAGUCAUAUAUCGAAUCUUAUAAGACACUGUAGAAUGCAUACAGGAAUUAAACCGUAUUCAUGUUCAAUUUGUGAUAAGAAUUUCACACAAAUGUCUUCAUUAGCAAGGCACAAACAAAUGAUACAUGGGAUAUCAAAGGAAGUUAUGCAGCAGUAUUAUAAUCCUAGUAUUAGCGAUAAAUCACAAAUCAACAGUCAUGGAUUGAAAAAAAACAAGACAAUAGAUAAUAACAUGAAAAAUAGAAUUCUUGAAACAUCUUGUAUAGAGCCAAAAUAUAUUAACCAGAGUACUACUACAGACUCAGAUGUAAAAAAUGAGGUGAUUUCCGAUCAACGCGAUAUUGAUGUGGAUAGCAAAGCGUGUUUAUUCGAGACUAUUAUUUAUGUCACGUCUAAGCAGUUUGGUGAAAGUAAUUUAGCAGAAAAUGAGAGUACAAGUAUAUUGCCGCAAGAUCAUUAUGUCAAAGUUGAGGAAAGACUUGGAUCUACUAAUUUAUCAAUAAAUAAUACUAUUUCAAAUUCUUCUCAAGAUAUAGUCAAUAAUCAUGAACAAAUCCCAUUUAAAGACAGUAUAACUUAUUUACAUCAAUUAGAUAAGAAUAAUUCCACCGUCCUAUCUCAAGAUAGAGAAUUUAAUGCUGAAUCAAAAGUUCAAAAUAAUGAAUACAUUGUGAAAUCAAGCAAUUCACAUAUAUGUAUAUCUCGAGGAACUUGUAAAGAAUCUUCCCUAAGCAACGUCAAAAAAUCGUUAAAUAUGGAAACAAAUUUUCCUAUUUAUAAUUCCAAUGAAGUUUUAAUGGACCAAAAAGUUCUGCGUAAACAAAUAAGCAAAGGGGUUAUUAGUGAAAAUAAAAAAUGUAAUAAAUCAUUAAGUGAUAAUGACAAUCAGUUGUAUAUAGAGCUCUCUAAUUCAGGAAUGUUAAAACUUGAUGAACCUCGGCACUGUAAUAAUAAUAUUAGCUUAACCGGUCUGAAGUCUUGUCAUUCUGAAAAUAAUACUGCUAAUGAAAUAAUAUAUACUUCCAAAUCUGCUAUACAGAAUGCAGAGGAAAAUUUAGAAAAUUUUAGUAAUGCCAAUAACACAGUGUUAAAUAACGAAGAACCAAUGUUGCAUUUAGUACAAACAGAGACUGGUGAGCAAUUUUAUGAAUUCAUAAUAAGCAGUUUAGUAGAAAAAAUGCAGGACACUCCGUGCACAAAGGAUGUGGAAGAUACAAUAGAAUGUCCACCAAAUAUUUUUAGAGAUAGUCAAAAAGUCCAUUCGAAUCUAAAAGGAAGUGAGAAGGUCGAUCAAAUAGAGCAUCAACAAGCUCUGGAUGAUCUUGAAAAAAAUUAUGCUAUCUUAAGCCAUGAUGUAUCUGAACAUUUCAAACAAAAUGUAAAAGAAAAUGAAUGUGUAAGUAAUACGCAAAAGAAAAAUCAGAUCUACAAUUUUGGAAACAUGGAAUUAUUGGAAAACGAAACACAUGUUGAUUUUGAUAAAUACGUCGAAAUUAAUCUUGAAGCGUUUGAAAGACUGAAUUAUGAAAAUUGUAAUGAAAAAUUUUUAGAAUUUGUGGAGGUUGCCGAUAUUGGCACAGAAUCCUCAGGAUACAAGGAACUUUCGAUGGUACGUUUGAUUCAAAAUGAUGGUGAACAGCUGUUGGAACUAUUGCAAGAUUCUCAGGCUGAACAGGAAGUAAAUCAAGAUUUCAUACAAGCUAAUAACUUCAAAGACUGUUCAAACAUUUUGCAAAAUAAUAGUAAAAGAGCUGAUUGUUCUAAAAAUAAAUCAAACUUAUUCACAUGUGUCGAGGAUAAUGUACUAGUAGAGGAAAAUAUGAAUAGUAACAAAGACAUAAAGAAUAUUAAAGAAUAUAUAGACAAUAGCAACCAUACGCCUACAGACGUAACGACUACUAAAAGUGCAAGUAGUAAAAAUAUUAGAGCAUCAGAAGAAUCGAAAAAAUCAAAAAUAAUUUCAAGAAAGUUCCAAUGCUUAGUAUGCAAGAAGGCAUUUUCAACAACAUACAAUUAUAAACAACAUAUUGGAAUACAUUUUACCGAUCAACAAAAGUUUCAUUGUAAAAAUUGUGGAGUGUCCUUCGCUUGGAAAUCUACUUUGAACAAACAUAUUGCAAACAAUCAUACUUCAGAUUCACAAAAGUUUGUCUGCGAGAUUUGUCCGAAAGUCUACAGCACCUUGUCACAAGUAAACGAUCAUGUAAAAAGGGACCAUUUAAAGCAGCGAAAUCAUGUUUGUCUGCAUUGCGGCAAGUCUUUCUUUAAAAAAUACGACCUGAAGACUCACAGUAGAACGCAUACGAACGAACGUCCGUAUGUAUGUCGUGUUUGCGGUAAAAGGUUUCAUCAUCAGAGCCACAUUAUUCGACACGAGCGUACGCAUUCAGGCGAGCGACCAUAUGUUUGCGACAUUUGUCAAAGAACUUUUACACAGCCCAGCUCGCUCAAAGCACAUAAGCAGAAGCAUCAGCAAAUUCGGAUGGAUUUUUUAGAUUAUCAAAUCGAUGAGGAUGAUCCUAUUACAUUAACGACACUAUGAGACAUACAUCUACGAAAUAAAUGUAAAAGGCGAUAUAUAUUUCGUUUGGAGUGAAAAGAAGGCAAUGGAUAUACAGGAUGAUCCAAAAACUCAGAUGUCUUUGACGGAUUCCUUAAUUAAAAGACCAACGGGGGGGCAUCUCACAAUCGAACACAGGCUCACACAAGG